AAUAAAAAAAAAAAAAAAUGUCUUCCCUUCGUGAAAGUUGUCGUAGAAUGUUGUUAUAAAAGUUGUCGAAACAAGUGUAACAAAAACAGUAAAACAGAAUAAUAAAGUGAAAAAAAAAAAAAAAAAAAAAAAAAUAUGAAUGAAUCAACAGAAAAUGAUUGGGAUUUAACAACAAAUGAUGAUAAUAAUGGAAAAAUUGAUAAUACAAUAACAAAAAAUUUACCAGCAAAAUCAAAAGAAAAAUAUGAAGCUGUCUAUCAACAUUUUACUGCAUGGCAAGCGGCAAAAAAAAUUAAAAACCUCUCAGAAAAUGUUGUAUUAUCAUAUUUUAAUGAAUUAAUUGGUAAAGUUAAACCGCCAACAUUAUGGGCACGUUAUUCAAUGUUAAAAAGUACAUUGAAAAUAAAUAAUAACAUUGAUAUACGUAGUUAUACGCAAUUAAAUGCAUUAUUGAGAAAAGAAUCAAAAGGUUAUAAAAGUGAAAAGCCAAAAAUUUUAUCGAGUAAAGAAAUAUUGGAAUUUUUAAAUAAUGCACCCGAUCAUAAUUAUUUGGCAACAAAGGUGGCAAUCAUCUUUGCAAUUUGUGGUUCAUUGAAAAAAGGUGAAUUAUGUGAAAUUCGAACAUCAAAUAUUAAAGAUUUUGGUUCACAUUUAAUUGUUAAAGUACAAAAUGAAGAGAGAAAAAAUGAACGUACAUUUUUUGUACAUGGUGAAUUAUUUUAUAAUUUAUAUAAAUCAUACGCUGAAUUACGUCCAAAAAAUAUUGUGACAACACGUUUUUUUGUCAAUUAUAAUUAUGGUAAAUGUACACAGCAAGUUAUUGGUAUUAAUAAAUUUGGCGCAAUGCCAAAACAAGUGGCAAAAUAUUUGAAUUUACCAAAUUUUGAAUGUUACACUGGUCACAGUAUACGUCGUACAUCGGCACAAAUACUUUCUGAUUUAGGUGCAAUAUGCAAUGAUAAUGAUAAUAAUGACGACAGUAAUAAUUAUCAUCGUGAAAUAAGAAUGAAAAAUUUAUUGACAACAAAAAAUAAUGAUAAUAAUUCAUUGGCAAAAAGAGCAAAAAUUGAAAAUGCCUCAACAUCAAAUAAUGAUACAUCAAAGGGAAGAAUAAAUUUUAAAGUUAAUCUAACAACAAGAGACGAAAAUAAAAUGGUAAAUUUAGAAAGUAAAAAAACAACAACAAAAGUACGUGUACAAUAUGAAAAUUUAUCAUUGGAUAAUUUAUAUAAUGCCGAUGAAUCAAGAAUUAAUUGGCGACCGUUAAAUAAUAAUAAAAAUAAUAAUAAUAAUUCCACUGAAAAUAAUGAUAGCGAUGAUGACAUAGAAAACCACGAUGAUGACGACGAAGACGACAACGAUGAUGAUGAUGAUGAUGAUGAUGAGGAAAAAAGUAAAAAAAUUUCUGAUAAUAUUACAACAUUAUUUUGCGGUAAUGCAACAGGAAGUCAUCGUAUUCCAUUAUUAACAAUUGGCGAUAAUGAAAAUCCCGAAUGUCUUGAACAAUUUAUGAAUUCUGAAUUACGAGAAAAACGUUUAAAAUUUUUUCAAAAAUUCAAUGUUGUCUAUACACAUGGGAAAAAAUCAAAAAUGGAUAAAGAAAUUUUUCUCCUAUGGUACAAAUUUAUAUUCAUUCCCAGUGUAAUUGAACAUCAAAAAAAAUCAGGCAUCACUGGCAAAGUAAUUCUAAUUAUUGACAAUGAUCAAUGUCAUCCACCGCUCAAUGAAUUGAAUGCGAUAAAUAAAAAUUUUCAAAUACUACCACUACCAAGUAAUAUGACAUUUGAAAAUCAACCAAUGAAUCAAGGUUUAGUUUCAUUAACAAAAAAACAUUAUAAAAAUAAUUUAUUAAAACAAGCGCUACUUAGUCGUCAUGGUACUGAGAAUUAUAUAAAAAAAUUUAAUCUUCACGAUUGUCUACAAUUAAUUGGUGAAGCAUGGGAUAAUAUUAAUUCGGCGACAUUGAAAAAAGUUUGGAAAACAUUUUUAUCUGAUUCACAAGCAAUUAAUAAUAAUAGUAAAAAUAAUAAUAACAGUAGCAGUAAUAAUAAUAAUAAUAAUAAUAAUUUAUCACAUGAUCCAUUAUUAACAAUGGCAACAAAAAAUAAUUUCAAUGAAUCAUCAUUAAUUGUUGAGGAAUCAAAAAGUUUUUUACAAAAUAAAGGCGAUCAAUUAUCACAACUUUUGAGUGAAUCAAAUUGGUCAACUAAUGAGAAUAAGGAAAAAUUUCUUGAAUGGUUUAAUGAUGAGGUGAAAACAAAAAAAAUUGAAAAUAAAAAUAUUUCAAAUGACAAAAAUUGUCAAUUAUCGUCAGCGUCAUUAACAGUUAUAGAUGAUGAUAAAAAUGAAAUGCAACGUAAUUAUAUGGAAAUGAAACAAGAUUUUUCUGAAUUAAGAAAUGAAUUUGCCGAAUUACGUAAUAAAUUUAUGGAAAUAAAAAAUGAAUUAAAUUUUGAAAAACGAAAACGUAAAUUACCAAAUACAACAAAUGAUGAAACAACAAGAACAACAACAACAACAACAACUGCAACAUCAUUAUUUGAAGAUUCAAUGAAUUUUGAAGAUUGUAUGGAAAAUGAAUUUUUACCAAUAAUAAAAGAUGAAAUUGAUAAUGACGAUGAGGAUAAUGAUGAUGAUAAUGAUAAUGAUGAUGAGGAUGUGGAAAAUAUUGAAAUUGAAGAAAGUAAAAGUUUUCUUGAUGAUAAUGAAAUGGAAAAAAAUUCAACACUACAAAAGGCAUUUAUUCAUUUUAAUGAAUUUAAAACAUGGAUGAAAUUAUCAAAUAAAUUCACAACAAAACAUUAUAAUUAUAUUGAAGAAAUUGAAAAUAUAAUGAAACAAGAGAUGUGAUCAUUUUUCAUAUAUUUAUGUGUGUGUGUGUAUGAAAAAUUUUGUAAAUUGAGAACAAAUUAUUUUUUAGUUCCCUUUUUUUGGGGUUUUUGUAUUAUUAUAAAUUAUUAGUUUUUUUUUUGAACAUAUAAAAGUUAUGUAUUUCAAUAAAUAAAAAUUAAUUUUCAUAGA